UCAUCCUCCAAGUCGGCAUGCGCCUCCACUAGCCAGUUACCAUCUCGUGAACGAUGUCGGGAAAGCGUCUGCUGGACGCCAUCCAGCUGCUCAAUGUCGCCAAGUCCGUGGCUGGCAAGCGCCUCGCGGUGCGCCAACACCAGCUAGACAUCUUCACCAGGACUUCCUCGCUCACCAAAGGCAUUAAAGCCCAGGCCGACGGCCUGAUCAUAACUGCGCAGGCAGCAGCCGCGCUGGCGAAGCGAUUCAACGAGCCCCAUCCGUCUGACCUUUCGCCGAAAUCCCAAUCCGCCGACGCGCCCCGUUCAGGAUACGAGCAAUCGCACGCCGCUGCAUCACUUUCCCCGGAAGAAGCAAGGAGGUUGCAGCGACAAUCGGAGACGCAGAUUCCUUCCACGGCCGCUGAACACACGGUGAGGGACGGGACGAGUCAGGUGGACAUCAGCACGCAGCAGGAAACAUAUUACAAGCCAUCUCAGGAGUCGACGCCGGAGCUAUCGGGACUUCCUCGGGUCAAGUUGCCCAAGAACGCCAGUGAUACCCAACGUAAUGUUCAGAACGAGAUCAAUGCAGACGUUUUUCACUCGUCUGCCGGUCCCGAGAAGCCUAGUGCGGAAAAGGAUGAGAUUCCGGAGGAAAUGAUGAGCGAGAUCUUCCACAGCCCAAGAGUUGCCAGGAUGCUUUCCAAGAAACCUGCGGCAAGCGCAAAGGGCCUGCCGGGGGCCCGCGUUUCAGAGGAAAUAGCUUCAGCUAUCCCAAAGGCAACGCCGGCAACUGCAGCAGAACAACCCAGAUCACGUGAGAAUUAUAAGAUGGUCGAAUCGCGAAUUCCCUCGUCACGGCUGGGAAGACUAUGGCAGUAUGGCGGACUGGCAACGUCAAUGGCGUUCGGCGCUGUUGGUGAGGGACUGAGGAGGGUUUCUGGAAGCAAAGAGGACAGCACUGGGUCGCUUAUGUUUAGUGCUGGAAACAUGGAGCGACUGGUGGCCAAGCUCUCCAAGAUGCGCGGCGCGGCGCUUAAGCUGGGACAGAUGCUGAGCUUCCAAGACUCCAAAAUGCUUCCGGAGUCGAUCAACAUUGUCCUCCAACGGGUCCAAGACCGGGCAGACUACAUGCCUGCCUCUCAGCGCGACAAGGUCUUGGCCGACAACUUAGGACCUAACUGGCGCGACCUGUACUCCUCAUUCGAUGAAGUUCCCAUGGCUGCCGCUUCGAUAGGCCAAGUCCAUGGGGCCGUGCUCAAGAAGACCGGCCAGCCCGUCGCGGUGAAGGUACAAUACCCCGGCGUAGCGGACUCCAUUGACUCCGAUCUGAACAACCUGUCUCUCCUGCUCACGGCAUCUCGUCUUCUCCCUCGAGGUCUCUAUCUGGACAAGACCAUCGCCAACGCCCGAACCGAACUCGCCUGGGAAUGCGACUACAUUCGAGAGGCCGAAUGUGGCAACCGCUUCAGGGAUCUCCUCCAGGAUGAUUCCGUUUUCCUCGUGCCCGAAAUCAUCCCCGAGGCUUCCGGCCGACAUGUCCUGACCAUGGAGCGCCUGGAGGGUAUCGCCGUCACCAAGAUCCAGGAUUUCAGCCAGGAGCAGCGCAACUGGAUCGGGACGCAGAUCCUGCGCCUCUGCCUGCGAGAGAUCGCCGAGUUCAAAUACAUGCAGACGGACCCCAACUGGACCAACUUCCUCUACAACGCGAAAACCAACCGCCUGGAGCUCCUCGACUUCGGCGCCUCGCGCGAGUAUCCCGACGAGUUCAUCACCAAAUACAUCCAAACACUGCUGGCCGCCUCCCGCGACGACCGCGAGACCUGCCAUCGCCUGUCCAUCGAGCUGGGCUAUCUGACCGGCCACGAGUCGAAGGCCAUGGUGGACGCCCACGUGACGUCGAUCCUCACGCUGGCCGAGCCCUUCAUGAAUUCCUCCCCCGACGUCUACAACUUCAGCAACCAGACCAUCACCGACCGGGUCCGCGGCCUCAUCCCUGUCAUGAUCCACGAGCGGCUGGCGCCUCCGCCGGAGGAGACGUACAGUCUGCACCGGAAACUGAGCGGCGCUUUUCUGCUCUGCGCACGGCUGGGAAGCCAAGUGCGCUGCAAGGACCUGUUUGCGGACGCCAUGAAGAAAGCCGAUGCGUCUGGGGUCGGUGCUGGAUCUCAAUAGAGUGAAAGAGAGAACAGCCAAUAGCUCGAACGAGCAAGAUGCCGGAUCAGUUGGAUCAUUAUUUCCACUCCAUGUGUUAUUAUUAUAUUGGCGGCGAAGGAAAAGUCAAAGUCAUCUCCCUGUAAAUUAUUAUAUAGAAUAUGUACG